AUGGAUUCUUCGAGUGAUGAGGAUCAUGAUCUUGCAAGGUCUUCCGCUACAACUCAGCAAAAAUCGUUUGACUUUGAUGAAUGGUCAAAGGAGUUGGACUCCCAUCCUGCGUUUAUGUCAAGUCUUCCGGAAAAUUUCGAUGGCAACGAGUACAUUGAAGCAUUGCAAUCGUUAAAAUACGACGACGAGGAGGACACUUUUGAAGUACGUGCUUUGGCAUACAAGGAGGACGGCAAUCGAAACUUCCAGCAGAAAAAAUAUCAUCAGGCAAUUGACUGUUACACCGCGGGAAUAAGGCUCGAUCCUUCUGAUAAACAGCUGGUCAGUGCGUUGUACGGAAAUCGUGCUGCAGCUCAUUUUUAUUUGGGUGUAAAAUGUCUCAUAAAGCUGAAUUAUCCUGACAGUGCUUUGGAAUGGCUGACUGAUCUGAAGGCUUUAGAUGGAAAAUGUAGGCAGCUGGAAAUGUCCAAGCUUUUUGCGCAGGUCGAAGAAGCUAGGUCUCGUGUUCAAAGAGACUCUCGAAAAGAAGCCAUUAAGCAGCGGUUGAUGGAACAGGAAAAAUUAGCUCUUUUGAAUGCCAUCAAGAAGCGAGGUAUCAAAUUCUACGACCGUAACGGGAUCCCAAUUUCGAAAAGUUUCGAAUGGAGCGAUAUCGAAGUGGAGGCUAUUCCGUUGCGAGCCGGGGUUCGAGUACGGCUGAAUUCACAGAAUUGCUUGGAAUGGCCUGUAUUGUUCUUGUAUCCAGAGCAUAACCAAUCAGAAUUGGUGGAAAAGUUUGAGGAAACUUCUACUUUUUUGCAACACUUAGAGCACAUGUUUGCAACGUCAGCACCGUGGGAUGAAAACCAUAACUACACAUUGGCAGAUUUACAACUUAUUUUCCCCUCAUCGGAAAAAGAUCGUGUUUUGUAUUCGGUACCUCACAGUUGGACUUUAAACCAGUUGUUGUGUUAUCCCUGGUAAGU